UCUCUUCUGACCAAUGAGCGGAGCUGGCUUUGCAUCCUCCUGGGCCGCUGGAGUUAGCGGGAAACCGGCUGUUAUCGUAGCGCUUCUAAUGGACUCCGGAUUUAACAACAGUCUCUGUCAUAAGGUCUGUCCUUUAUCAGUCCAGUAAUUAAAACUGUCAAAGUUGAAUUUUGAGCAGUGACACGGCUUAAAAACACCGUCUUUCCUACCCACAGCUACCCUAGCUGCUACGCUAACAUCCGGCUAGUUAACAAUUAGCUUGCAACACGGGCUUCCAGAAAAACACCGCUGAAUAGAAAGAAACAAAGGGCUGCCACUACCAGUCAAGAAAGGGGCUAUGAGCAUGAGUACGUUCAACCUGGACCGUUUUCGAUUUGACAAGAAGGCAGCGAAGACAACAAACAAAGAAGCGGACAGCGGCUCCAAAAGUCCAGAGUCUGAGAAGGAGAACAAGCCAGCUAAAAUGAAACCUGUCAAAGCUCCACCAAAGCCCCAUGUCCGAGGAGUGGUUUUUGAAGAGGUCAAUUCUGUUGAUUUGGAGGAGGAAGGAACCGUUUCCAAAAGCAAAAAGAAAGUAUCACAAAGCAGUAAUUCCAUGAGUGCCAAUAAGAAAUCAUCAAAAUAUGCAGAAUCUGAUCACACCGAUGAAGAAGACCACGAGAUUGAGGAGAAAAUAAACAAACUACUGGAGAUGUUUCCUCAGCUCACAAGGACGGAGUUAAUUCAAGUCAUAGAAAGCACGAGCACUUUGGAGGGGGCUGUGGCUGCAUGUAUUUUUCAGUUUGGGGAUAAAGAAGACCAAGAACAAGGCAGGAAGAGAAAGCAGGUUGGAUCCAGCAGCUCUCAGGACAGUGUUGAUUUUCAACCCAGCAAGAAGAGGAGAUCAUCUGUGGCCACUGACGAUGAAGACAGUGAAGACAAAACGCCGAGCUUUGAGAAGAAGGAGGCCAUGGUCAGAAGACUGCAGAGAAAGUUCCCCGACCCAGACAAGGAGGAGCUGCGCAUGGUGCUACAGGAACACGACUGGAAUUAUGAGGACGCUCUGCAGGCUCUACAAGUAUUCUCCGAUCAAGAAAAUACCAGCCACAGCUCCAAUGAGGCAGAAGAAGAUAAUCCCAGUAAAUCGAAAAGCAAAGACAAGUCGAGCAGUGGCCACAGAAAGUCAACAAAGCACAAAGACGAUGCAGACGACAGCUCAGAUGAUACAGACGCUACAAAGGACAGUGAAGACGAAUCAGACUCAGACGACAGCAGGGGUCCUCAGAACAAAAGUAGAGUCUCCACUUUGUCUUCAUGGCUUACAUUAAGUCCAGCCCCAGUGUCUUCAUCAGCACCUGUUAAGAAAACAACUACCUCUUCCUCGUUAAAGCCAACUUCGUCCUCGUCCUCCACCGCUCAGAUGCUUUCCAGGUUUGCCAGUGGGACCAGUAUAGCCAAGAAGCAGGCAGCAGAGAGUAAAAAGAAGGCCCGGGCCUCAGACCAACACGUCAGUUCUGGUGGUGAAAGUGACGAGGACGCAGUAAGCAGUGAGUUUGAGGACUCGGACGAGGAGCUGGACACUAAAGGUGGCAUGACAGACCUGAAGAAGGAGAUACUCACCUUUUUACAGGAGGCAUCGAUAGACGAGCUGUCGCUGAUCGCUGGCUGCUCUGUUAAAAAGGCCCAGAAGAUCGUGGAACUGAGACCCUUUGAUAGUUGGAAACGCCUGGUUGACGUCUUCAUUAAAAACAACGGACUGUCAGAGCAGUUACUGGUGGGCUGCAAAGUCGUCCUUAAAGAGAGAAAGGUUGUCCGUGGGCUCAUGUCCAAAUGUGAGACCAUUUCCACAAAAAUGGCCAAUCAGGUGAAUUCAGUGAUAGCGAAGGGCACCGGGGCCAUGAAAUCGCCAAGGGUACUCAACAGCCAGUUGAAGCUGAAACCCUAUCAGCUCAUCGGUCUAAACUGGCUGCUGCUUCUGCAUGAGCACAACCUGAGUGGUAUCCUCGCUGAUGAAAUGGGUUUGGGGAAAACCAUCCAGGCUAUAGCAUUUCUGGCCCAACUUUACCAGAAUGGAAAAGAAGGACCUCACCUCAUCACUGUGCCGGCCUCUACACUUGAUAACUGGGUCAGAGAGCUGAAGCUGUGGUGUCCCAGCCUCAAAGUUCUAGUCUAUUAUGGAUCAAUGGAGGACCGCCGAUACCUCAGACAUGACAUCCUCAACGAAGCCGUUAAGUUCAACGUCAUUGUGACAACGUAUAACCUGGCCAUAGGGAAUGAAAAUGACCGCAGCCUUUUCCGAAAACUGCGUCUGUCGUAUGCAGUGUUUGAUGAAGGUCACAUGCUGAAGAACAUGAACACGCUGCGCUAUCGCCACCUUAUGGCUAUUAACGCGGAGCACCGCUUGCUGCUGACAGGCACCCCUGUACAGAACAACCUCUUAGAGCUGAUGUCUCUCCUGAACUUUAUUAUGCCUUCUAUGUUCUCCAGCUCCACAACACAGAUCUCCAAAAUGUUUUCUAUGAAAUCCCACGAGGAGCAGAGCCGCUUUGAGAGGGACCGUAUUUCUCAGGCCAAACUCAUUAUGAAGCCUUUUAUCCUCAGAAGAGUCAAGAGUGAGGUCCUCAAACAGCUGCCAGAAAAAGAAGAGACGGUCGAGUUCUGCCCAAUGAGUGAGAAGCAGAAGGUCCUCUACCAGAGCCUUUUAAAAAAACUCAAAGGUUCCACCAAUGGCGAGAAGCGCGAGUUGUGUAAUGUGAUGAUGCAGUUGAGGAAGAUGGCCAACCACCCUCUGCUCCACAGACAGUACUACACCACAGAGAAGCUCAAAGCUAUGAGCAAACUCAUGCUGAAGGAGCCAACUCACUUCGAUGCAGAACCGGCUCUCAUCCAGGAGGACAUGGAAGUGAUGUCAGACUUUGAGCUGCACAAUCUGUGUAAGCAGUACUCCUCCAUCAGCUCCUACAAGCUCGAAAACGAUCUCCUGCUCGACUCUGGGAAAUUCCACCACCUCACAGAGCUGUUGACCUCACUCAAAAACAAGGGAGACCGAGUGGUAUUAUUCAGUCAGUUCACCAUGAUGCUGGACAUUGUCGAAGUGCUGCUGAAACAUCUGACGCAUCGUUACGUCAGACUGGACGGAUCCACGCCCAUAGCAGACAGGAUUGUGUUGAUUGAUGAGUUCAACACAGAUCCCGACAUAUUCGUCUUCCUGCUGUCCACACGUGCCGGUGGCCUGGGCAUUAACCUCACCUCAGCUAAUGUUGUCAUCCUACAUGACAUAGACUGCAAUCCCUACAACGACAAGCAGGCAGAGGACAGGUGUCACCGUUUAGGCCAGACAAGGACUGUCAAAGUGAUGAAGCUGAUCAGUAAGGACAGCAUCGAGGACUGCAUACUGCAGCUGGGCCAGAAGAAACUAAAGCUGGAGCAGGACAUGACGGCUGCUGAAGAAGGUGGUGAGGGGACCAUACCUGAAGAUAUGGCAUCUUUGCUCAAAGCCUCACUGGGACUGUGAUUUACAAAUUUGAGAUUUUACAAAUACCUUCUUUUUGGUUUGCAUUCCUGUGUUUCUGGGCAGACUUGAGUGUUCUGA